AUGGCUCAAACAUUCUUGUUUACCUCUGAAUCCGUCGGUGAAGGUCACCCCGACAAAAUCUGUGAUCAAAUUUCUGAUGCCAUCUUGGAUGCUUGUUUAAAGGAAGAUCCCCUUUCCAAGGUUGCUUGUGAAACUGCUGCCAAGACUGGUAUGAUUAUGGUUUUUGGUGAAAUUACCACGCGUUCUCAAGUUGACUACCAAAAAAUUAUUCGUAACACCAUCAAGACUAUCGGUUACGACAACUCUGAAAAGGGUUUUGAUCACAAGACUUGCAACGUUCUUGUUGCCAUCGAACAACAAUCUCCUGAUAUCGCUCAAGGUCUCCACUAUGAGAAGGCUUUAGAGGAACUCGGUGCUGGUGACCAAGGUAUUAUGUUUGGUUAUGCCUCUGACGAGACCCCUGAGUUGCUCCCUUUAACCAUUCUUCUUGCUCAUCGCCUCAAUGCCGCCAUGUCCAAGGCCCGUCGUGAUGGCACCCUCCCUUGGUUGCGUCCUGACACCAAGACCCAAGUUACCGUUGAAUACGAAGAAAACAAGGGCGCUGUUAUUCCCAAGCGCGUUCAUACCAUUGUCGUCUCUGCUCAACACGCUGAAGAAAUUUCCACCCAAGAAUUGCGUACCGAAAUCUUAAACAAGGUUAUCAAGACCACUGUUCCUAGCCAUUUGUUGGAUGAUCAAACGGUCUAUCAUAUUCAACCCUCCGGCCGUUUCGUUGUCGGUGGUCCUCAAGGUGAUGCUGGUCUCACUGGUAGAAAGAUCAUUGUUGAUACCUACGGUGGCUGGGGUGCCCACGGUGGUGGUGCUUUCUCUGGUAAGGAUUACUCCAAGGUUGAUCGUUCAGCUGCUUAUGCCGCUCGCUGGAUUGCUAAAUCCUUGGUUGCUGCUGGCUUGGCUCGUCGUUGCUUGGUCCAAUUAUCCUAUGCUAUCGGUGUUGCCGAACCCCUUUCCAUUUUUGUUAACACUUACGAAACCUCCUCCAAAACCUCUGCCGAGCUUGUUGAGAUUAUUCGCAAAAACUUUGACCUUCGUCCUGGUGUUUUGGUGAAGAGCCUCCGCUUGCAAACUCCUUUCUAUCUUUCCACAGCUUCUUAUGGACACUUCACUGACCAAUCUAAGCCUUGGGAACAACCCCAUAAGCUUGAAUACUAA